AUGUUCGUGGAAAACACACACACCGGAAUCUACACAUCUCUUGUCGAGCUAUUUGAGUAUACAAAUGGAAAUUUCCUCGUCAACGAAAAGUUUCAAUUUGACCGACGUUAUGUAAAAUUUAACCUGGACGCUCUUUGCGCUCGCGCUGCUACUGCAGGAGGCGAAGCUUCUCCCAUCAAUGCGGUCGAAAAGAUGGAAGGUGGUUUCAGCAAGGCGUUUUUAAUAGUAAAGGAAAAUGGAAUGGAGGUCAUUGCGAAAAUUCCCUGUCGCAAUUCUGGACCAUCAGUGUAUACCACUGAAUCGGAGGUUGCUGUGUUGAAAUAUGUGAAACAGCAUACAAGUGUUCCCGUCCCAGAGGUAUAUGCGUGGUGCUCGGAUCCCGCAAACCCUGUAGGUGCGGAAUAUAUCAUCAUGGAGAAAGCAGCCGGAGUUCCCCUUUUCAGGAUAUGGGGUGAGAUCUCGCAGUCUGAUAAACUGGAGCUCAUCAAGCGGCUUACGGUGAUCGAACGUGAGCUUUCUUCCCUACAGCUCCCUGCCUAUGGCAGCCUGUAUCUCCGGGCUUCUUGUGGGAAUUUACCAGCUUGGAAACCCCUGGAUUUAGAUGUUGACCCUUCACAAUCAUACUGCGUGGGUCGCUCAGGUGACAGGUCGUAUGUGCCCGAGGACUGUGAGGGAAUGGAUAAGUCCAAAAUCGAUCUAGGGCCUUGGAAUACCUUAGCCGCGUUUGGUACUGCUAUUGCAAAACGAGAAAUCUCUCGUAUUUUACAUAGCUCACCAAUUCACCCAGGGACAUUCUAUCAAGGAAGCCCAGCGGAGCGGAAAACUUUGCUCGAAAGCGCUAUCUGCCUUAUGGGACUACUGGACUCAAACCCUACUCUCACACAGUCUGCAAAGCCUGUCCUCUGGCAUACAGACCUUCACAUGGGAAACAUAUACGUUUCCCCUGAUAAGCCGUCGCAAAUCCUUUCGCUCAUUGACUGGCAAUCAAUAUCUGUUCUCCCUUUUUUCCUGCAAGCGCGAUGGCCUAUCUUCCUAGAGCCACCACAAAACUUCGUCCGAGGGCUUCAGAAGCCGAAACUACCUGACAACUUCAACGAGCUAGAUGCAGAAGAUCAACAGCUAGCAAGAUAUGAACAACAGCAAGCUGUGGCUGCAAAGGCAUACGAAGUUUCUAACUAUCUCGAAAAUAGAGCGGCUCAUAACGCAAUGAACCUUCCUCGUGUUUUCCGGGAACUGUUCAAGCGCUGCGGCGAAACCUCGGAGGUCGGUGUUCUCCCGCUUCGCGCAUGUAUGAUAGAGAUUUUCCAAAGCUGGUCUGGCUUAGGCUUUGCUGGUGAAUGCCCCUACUCCUUUAGCAAAGAGGAGAUAGUAGAGCAUGACAUUCAGUUCGAAGACUAUGAGGAUUGGCACAAGGCCCAUGAAAUAGCGAGAAAGUGUUUGGAUACAGAUGAGGAUGGAUGGAUAUCCCCUGAAAUGGAUAUUGUCAAGAAGCGCCGGCAAAACCAGGAACUACUGGACAUGUUCAUCGAACAGAUGGCGAGCGAGAAAUCUUUAGAAGAAUCGCGGCGCAUGUGGCCGUUCGUCGAGGGGAGUGAAGUUGUUAAGACGGGGUUAUAG